ACUCCAUCACCAUAGACCCUCACACAACUAAUCUCCCCUCCAACUCAAAUCAAAAUACAAAACCCCACUAUAAGCUAAUUUAAAAAUGGUAUCAUGGAAUUAGAUACAUAAAAUUUCAAAAUCCUCCCCCCCCCCCAACAACACCCCAACGGUUCGCCGGUUCCGGGAUUCAAGAUGAUUGGAUCUUUUCUCACCAGAGGGCUUGUGAUGGUUUUUGGUUAUGCUUAUCCUGCUUAUGAGUGUUUUAAGACUGUAGAAAUGAAUAAACCUGAUAUUCAGGAACUUCGCUUUUGGUGCCAGUAUUGGAUCUUAGUUGCUCUAUUGACAGUUUGUGAAAGGUUUGGUGAUGCUUUUGUUUCAUGGGUUCCUAUGUAUAGUGAAGCUAAGUUGGCAUUCAUCAUAUAUUUGUGGUGCCCCAAAACUAAGGGAACAACAUAUGUCUAUGAUUCCUUCUUUAAACCGGUAGUUUUAAAGCAUGAACCUGAGAUUGAUCGUAAUUUGUUGGAGUUGAGGACAAGAGCUGGAGAUAUGGCAUUUCUGUAUUGGCAGAAUGCUGCUAGCUAUGUGCAGACUAGGAUUUUUGAUAUAUUGCAAUUUGUUGCUUCUCAGUCAACUCCUCGCCCAACUCAGCCGCAAAAGCAAAACAGUAAAGGUCGCCAACACACAGUAACACCACCAAAACGCAGACCAGUUGCCCCAGCAGCAAAGGUACAGACUGAAAAACAAGCAUCUCCUGCUUCUACUGAAUCUUCAAGUGAAAAUGAAGCAGACACAACAAAAAAGGUGAGAGCUUCACAACCGCCUCCAGUGGCUGCCCCUGCUGCUGCUGCUUCCUCCUUAAAUGCACAAAAAACAACUCCAACUGAAGCCCUCACUCAAACCACCAAAGCUUCUUCGAGUUCAAGCGAAACUCAAGUGAUGCAGAUUGAUCGAGUGCCUUCAUUAGACAAUCAAAGUGCAAAACCUCCCGUUGAUACAGUCAUGGAGGAACCAGUUCGAGUAACACGUGCCAGAUCAAGGAGGACACGGGCUGCACCCAGUCCUUGACUUAGCUUGUUGCAAUCCGGUGCUUAUGCAUGUUAGUUUGAAGCGUCUGUUUAGAUGGUGGGGUAAAAGGAUGGAUUAUAGAAUGUUGAGCUCAAUGUACAUUUCAUAUCUUCUUUCAUUCAUUACUGAAGUUGUCCAUGAUUUUUUUAGCAUGGAUUGAGAAAUGAGGGGGUUGAGUGAGGAGGGCCAACGGACACAAUUACCUUUCAUGAUGGACUAUCAAAAAUCCAAAUUUAAGUACUUGUAAGGUGCUUAGUGAUUUGAGAUGUUAAUUCAUAGUUCAUUUUGUGGGGAACUACCAUUUAGCUGUUCUUACUCUGACAAUGACCUUGAACCAAUGAAACUUUGAGCUUCUUAGAGAGUAA